AUGGAAGGGUUCGCCUUUCUCUUUCGGAUACCAAAUGCAGCGACAAGAACCAGGGUUAUAAAUCAGAGACUAUGGCAGAUUGAAGGUCAGACCAUGUUCGUUGACAAAUGGGAGCCUGGAGUGGUGCCUGCGAAGCCAGAGCUAACUUCAGCACAUAUCUGGCUGGAGCUGAGGAAAUUUCCUUUUCAGUUCUUCAACGAGGACGGAUUGGAACGCAUAGCUGGCCUUGUGGGUGACCCGAAAUACCUUCAUCCUAUGACGAAAAACAAAACGAACCUGGAGGUUGCUAAAGUGUGGACUAUCAUAGACCCCCGGGUCCCAUUACCUGAAGCAGUAAACGUUCAGUUUGAAUCCGGUGAAAUUAGCAGGGUCUUGGUCUCUAGUCCUUGGAUGCUGCCGGUUUGCGCUCUGUGCAAAGAGAUUGGGCACGUUGCUAAGAGAUGUCCAUCUGUGAAGAAAUUUCAUGUGCUUUGCGCUAAAUGUAACUCGAAGAAUCACAACCUUAAAAACUUGCUCGCUGAUCCGCAAUCAACGCGUCUAAGAAGUUCUUCACGCGCCUCAAAAUCCUCUAACUCAGACAUUCAGCCUGACUCUUCGGAUGUUGACACCUUAGAUUCAGAGCUAGAGGAAGAAGACAACUACGGCUUCUCGCCACUGGGAAAAAUCUGGAUGGUAUGGCAUCCGUCUAUUUUGGCUACUGUUCUAUCUAAAUCCCUCCAGAUGAUUUUUGCUGAAGUCACCUGGCCUUCUGAUGCUCAGACUAAGGUCUUCAUCUCUGUUAUCUAUGCCUCAAAUGACCCUGUCUUGCGCUCCUCGUUGUGGAAUGAGAUCACCGCUACUGAAGCUGGCCACGGCUUUGAUAGAAAACCUUGGUUGAUCGUCGGUGAUUUUAAUCAAAUCAGAGACCCAUCUGAGCACUCCUUGCCGCCUACCCUAAACAUGGACAAAAGAAUUAGGGAACUGAACCAAUGCCUUCUCGAUGCAAACUUAGAAGACCUGAACUACAGAGGCACUACUUUCACCUGGUGGAACAAACGAAAGUUAGACCCGCUGGCAAAGAAACUAGACAGAUGUCUGGUUAAUGAUGACUGGUACAAUGCCUUCCCAUCUUCGGUGGCUCUCUUUGGAUCAGCCAGGUUCAGGGUAUCCAGAAAGCUCAAACUACUCAAGAACAUCAUCAGAGAGUUUAGCAAGCAUAAUUACUCGGGCAUAGAGAAAAAAACGGCUCAGGCACACGAAAAAUUGAUACAAGCCCAAGCUGUGAUGCUUCUGGCUCCAUCUACCCCUAACGCUGUUUCUGAGUUAAAAGCCUUAGAGGAAUGGGAGGAACUUUCGGUUGCAGAAGCUUCUUUCUUCUUCAAGAGAUCCAGGAUAAACUGGCUCUCUUUUGGAGACGGAAACUCAACUCUGUUCCAUCGAUAUGCUUCGACGAGACAGGCCAUGAACCAUAUCCAUUUCCUCUUAUCAGAGACAGGGGAUAGGGUUGAAUCGCAAGCAGUAGUUCAAAAACUAUGUGUCGAUUACUUCUCUGAUCUUCUUGGCGCCCCUGUUUCUCCCCAAAUGUUUGAGCAGAGCGACUUAAACAUCCUCUUUGAUUUCAAAUGCUCACCAGAACAAAUCUCAGGGUUCCAAAAGGAGUUCACCGCAGCAGAUGUUAGGGAAGCAUUCUUCUCACUCCCAAAAAAUAAAACGGGAGGGCCAGAUGGUUACUCGGCCGAGUUCUUCACUUCAACGUGGCCUAUCAUUGGCCCGGAGAUUACUGAAGCUGUGUUAGAAUUCUUUCAAUCAGGAAGGCUCCUGAAACAAUGGAACACGGCAAAUCUGGUUCUCAUAUCGAAGAAGACGAAUGCAUCUCUACCAUCUAAUUUCCGGUCAAUCUCUUGUCUGAACACGGUCUACAAAGUUAUAUCCAAGCUGCUGGCUUCUAGGCUGAAAGAGAUUCUUCCUUUGAUGAUCUCAAAAUCACAAUUGGCUUUCCUACCGGGACGCCUGCUUGCGGAGAACGUCCUCCUAGCAACGUACCUUGUCAAUGUCUACAACUCACAAACCGUAUCCCCGAGAGGUAUGCUUAAGGUUGAUUUAAGGAAAGCAUUUGAUAGCGUUCGCUGGGACUUCAUACUAGCCUCUCUGUGUGCGCUGGCCGUGUCGGAGACCUACAUCAAGUUUAUUGCGGAAUGCUUGUCCACCGCCUCCUUCUCAGUCUUGGUAAAUGGUGUUGCUAGUGGUUUCUUCACGAGUUCCAAAGGAAUCCGGAAGGGGGAUCCUCUCUCUCCGUACCUAUUUGUUCUCGCCAUGGAAUGCUUGUCCCGUUUGCUCCAAUCCAGAUAUGAGGCAGGUCACAUCGGUUAUCAUCCUAGAACUGAGGAGCUUAAGAUCUCGCACUUCAUGUUUGCCGAUGAUGUUAUGAUCUUCUUUGACGGAACUAGUAACAGCCUCCAUGGCAUCUCAGAGUGCCUAGACGACUUCGCUUCGCGGUCAGGUCUUCACAUGAACACCACUAAAACUGAGCUGUUUACCUCGGCUAUUGACCAAACUGAAACCGCUGCCAUCACUUGCUACGGUUUCCCCUCUGGUCAACUCCCGAUUCGAUAUCUUGGCCUGCCUCUCAUGUGUAGGAAGUUGAAAAUAUCAGAGUACGCCCCGCUAAUGACUAAGCUUACUGCUAGCUUCCAGUCAUGGUCUGUCAAGCUACUAUCCUUUGCGGGCAGACUACAACUCCUCAAGAUGGUCAUCUUUGGCACGGUAAAUUUCUGGAUGUCCGCUUUCAUCCUGCCCAAAGGUUGUAUUAAACUCAUUGAAUCGCUCUGCUCCAAGUUUUUAUGGGCUGGGAGCGUUGACAAGAGGGCCAUUGCAAAGAUAUCUUGGACUACAGUUUGCCUCCCCAAAGAGGAAGGUGGUCUUGGGCUUAGGAGUUUUAUAACCUGGAAUCAUGUGCUUUGUCUAAAGUUUAUUUGGAUUUUAUUAUCCAAAUCACCUUCUUUAUGGGCUGAUUGGCACUGGAACAUCCAUCUUAACGAGCAUUCCUUCUGGACGAUCACGGCGUCAGCCUCGGACUCUUGGAUGUGGAAGAAGCUACUUGACUUACGACCGAUUGCGCUCCGUUUCAUCAGAACGAGACUUGGAAAUGGCCGGGAAGCAAGCUUCUGGUACGACGACUGGACUCCCUUGGGCCAGCUCAUCACUCACAUUGGUCCCGCGGGACCUAGAUGCUUGCGAGUCCGAAAGGAAGCGGUCGUUGCUGACGCAAUCAGAGACUCGACCUGGGCCCUUCCUCACCCCAGAUCACAACAGGAAGUCGAUUUGCAUAUCCAUCUCACUUCCAUAAUUUUGCCAUUAAAUGUUGAUGCUGUUGAUGAAUAUGAAUGGGUUGCUAGUGAUAUUUCUCUCCACACUUUCAGGUCUUCAGCAACCUGGGAAACGCUAAGGCCUAGAGAGGAAGUUAAAGAUUGGAUGAAUGUGGUAUGGUUUAAAGGGGCCAUCCCCAAGCUCAGCUUCACAAUGUGGAUAGCGAAUUAUGAUCGACUUCCUACUAGGUCCAGGCUUGCGGCUUGGGGAAUGCAAAUAUCACCCGCGUGUCCGUUCUGCUCCUGUCACGAUGAAACCAGGGACCACCUUCUCUUAGCUUGCCGAUACAGUCAGGAUGUCUGGAGGGAAGUGUUCCACCGUUGUCUAUCUCCUACAGCAACGAUCACCAACUGGUCAGAAUUGCUGUCUUGGAUCAGAAGUGCCUCUUCCUGCAGCCUCAACCUCCUCAUGAAGCUAGCAACUCAAUCAGUCAUAUACCACCUUUGGAAGCAGAGAAACAACCUUGUGCACAACCAGGAAUCCAUCACGGCCACAACUGUUUUCCCAGGCAUUGACAAAGAGAUAAAGAACAUCAUCUCAGCAAGAAGGCUGAGAAAGAGAUUUAGACCCCUUAUGAACAUGUGGCUGGGAUAA